AUGCUAGAAGGCUUCAGAGGGAAAUGUAAUUUUCGGCAAUAUAUCCCUAACAAGCCUGACAAGUAUGGUAUAAAAAUAUUUUCACUCGUAGAUGCUCGUUUAUUUUACACAACAAAUAUGGAAGUUUACGUAGGGAAACAACCUAAUGGUCCUUAUAAUCAAGAUAAUAGUGCAUCAAGUAKUGUCAAGAGGAUGAUUUCUCCAAUUUCCAAAACGGGUAGGAACUUGACCAUUGAUAAUUGGUUUACAUCUGUUCCAUUGGCCGUUGACCUGUUACAAAACCAUAGAAUUACUAUGGUUGGGACAAUUAGAAAAAAUAAAAGAGAAAUACCUCCUCUUUUUUUGGACACAAAGAAACGAGAAGUGUAUAGUAGUAAAUUUGGAUAUAGAAAAGAAUGUUUAUUAGUAUCAUACGUACCAAAAAAAAAUAAAAAUGUACUGAUGUUGUCAACAAUGCACAAACGUCAAUUUUUAAAAUUUCUUGGGCAAGAUCUAUGUGAACCAUUUAUGGUACAACGACUGAAUUGUAAAAAUUUGUCUUUUGAUCUUCGAAAACAAAUAAAUCGUUUCACCGGUCAAAUCUCCACACCAACUCAAGAGGACCCAAGACCUACAGAAAGAGUUAAAAAUGCUUACUGUCCUGCAAGGAAAAAUCGCUAUACCGUGGUAAAAUGUGCAAGGUGCUUUGUGCCAUUAUGUAAAGAACACACAUUAGCCCUAUGCAGUUUGURCAAUGGAAACAACGAAGAUUUAGAUGAUUAG